GUGACCUUAUACUGGCACUUCGUAUCCUUAAUUAUGAUUUUGGUGUUAAUAUGUCUCAUAUUUCUACUCCCUCCAACACUAAUAAUCUCCGAGGUCAUAGCAAGAAAGACGACAAACCGCGAUUUAAACUUAAAGUGGGGUCCCGCUUUUCUCAUCGAGAAGUCAAUGACUGGAAUGCCUUAACCGAACAAGUGGUAUCAGCGCCAUCAGUGAGUAUUUUGUAGAAGCUGAACCGAACCAAUCACAAUUGCGAUAGCUAGCUUGAACGUAAGGAGUGAAAUUCAAACGUAUUCGGAAUUAUACACUAUUAACGUCUAGUCUUGAAUGUCAGAUUAUGUCAAACUAACACUUGAUUUAUCAAUAAUUAUUGUUAGUCACUUCCAUUAUUAAACGUAUGUGCCUAUUAGUAAGCUCUUUUCUUUUCCAGACUCUCAUACUACUCUUCACACCUCAGCACGUAUGCGUAUAUUCAAGCUAGAUAAAAACUUCCCAGAGUGAACGAUACAUCCGUUGUAAGAUUUACGUGGUCUAUACGCUGGAUAUGGUGAAAUACGCAGUCAGUGACGUUUGUAUCUUAGCGAUCCACGACUCAUGUGACUCCUAUGCAAACCAUAUUAUAAAUAAUUAUUUAUAAUAUGGUUUGCAUGGGAGUGCUUUAAAGCACCGAAUGUUAUGUAUUAUAAUGUUGGGAAUUAAUGGGACCGAUCUGUACAGAGCGUUAGUGCAUACCUUGGAAAUUUCUUAGAAUAACUGGAUCAUUUUUUCAUCUCAUCUUAAAAUCAUAGGGUUUAUCAUAGUCUGGUAGUUUUGCGUUCAGCAUCAAAUGCAUCCAUAUAAUUCAGAUAGUGUGAAUGGACUUGGUCGGAAUAGAAGUUUUCUAACUAGGCUCCAUUUUUAGUACCAAUGGAUCCCUUUUGCCUCAAAGUAGAGAUCUAUGGGUCUCGUAAUUAUAAGUUCGUGUUAAAAAAACAGAAAGGAAUUUUCGAUAAACCAAUGUGGGGUACUAUUCUGAGUCCUCAAGUAAAAAUUAAGCGUUUUCGUAAAAGACAUUGAGGGGCUGCCCAGACCACUUUAAAUGCGAAGAAUCCCAAAAUAUGACUUCUCCUGAGGAGCAGAAUGUAUGCCUUUGAUUUGAUCUGCUAUUCCGCACAUCUGACCUACGAAUGUCCCCUCUACGUUUUGUAUCGAAGUUGAAGUUAGGUAAUUGCUUCAGGGAACGUUAAAUGAGAUUUUGUGAUUUUAGUCACUUUGAGGUAGCGUUUCAGUAUUAUUUAUUUCAAGAGGUAUUAACGCAGUAUUUUUAAACUUUGAAUACUUUACAAAAAGGUUCAUUUGGAGAGUGAAAGAGAAAACAUCAUUCUCUUGUUAAUUGAGGCUUCACAGAACUGUAAAACUAUGUCAAAACGCUUACUUUCUAAGCGGCAAAAAUACUCGUCAAAGUUAAUAGUGAAAGGUUGGCUCUGACAGCAUCUUCAUCGAAGUUAACGUACAAUUCUAGAUCAUAAGAAACCAAGACACUUAAAUCGUUUCCUAAUAAUGACUAUUAAUAAAGAAUUAUUUUUUGUACGUGUGUUUUACAUUAUCCCACUGAUGGAUUACCCACCAGAGUUAGAUGUUGAUUCAUUGCUAUCUCAUUCUCGAAGUCGAGUUGGAUAUUACUACAGCGCUAAUCUAUCUUGGUUUUAGACCUCUUUCCAAAACAUUACAUCAUCUGCAAAAAGUUCUUCAUUCAACUUUAUUUUAUGUAGUGUUUAAUUUGUUAAGAACUAAGGCGCCUCCACGUUGCUUAUACUAAUAUCAGUCUUGUUGAUUCUAAUGAGGAAUCCUGUCUGUUUUCUUGAUUUAGAUUAUUGACAAAUUGCUUAAUAGACUGCCAGUAUGGCCUGCCGAAAAUGACGCCUAGCUUAGCUCUUUAUGGAUCUACUGUUAGCUCUGGUUUACAAAGAUAUGGCGUAAAGUUGUAAUAGAAAAUUUUGCUAAGGAGAAAUGGCACACUAUGAAACUUUAUGACAGGUCCAGUUCUCCAAAGCAGCAUGUGUUGUAAAAGCUUUUAAAAUCUUUUAGUAAAUCAAUAAAUUCCCAGAGGUCCUUUACUUUUAGAAAUCUCGAUUUUCGGGUGGACUUGGACGUUGUAGCUUUUCGGAAGUCCGUGCUCAUUCUAAUCAGCAAUCAAGUUCAGCUUUGUACGUUGGCUUCAAUCUAUACUGUUUAAGGUAAUAAUAAUAACCGCUGCAUAAACCGAAGUUAGGUUCAUAUUUGGAACCUGGUGGUUGAACGUCAAGUGUUUUAAAUCCACUUCAUAUUUGCUAGGUGCAUAAUGAUCCUAAGACUUAUUCAACUAUGUACUGUCAGGUAUUAGGGAUGGAUCAUUUAGAUCUAAUUACUACUUUACCUGUUUAGAACUACGUAUUUUCUCUGGUGAGUUAGUCAUAAUAAUUUGAAGAAUCCCAAUUUUCCUAUUACAUAGAAGAUUUUGUCCGUUUUGGGUAAAUUUUGGGGAAACCGCAAUAGAAAACUUUAAGGAAAUGACACAAAAACCCCAAAAUUCCCUGAGGUCUGGGGAAAAUCCCUAAAAUGUUUGAGGAAAUUUAGGGUUUUCCCAAAUGUUUUCACAGAAUCUUAUAACACUUAGAUUCUUCCCUAAAAUUUGGAGAAAAGUACCAUAUUCCGGUUAUAUACUAUCCUAGUUGUGGGAGCUGUUAGAUAUGUUAACUCUGUACUUUUAAACCAUUGGCACCUGCACCAUAAAUCUCUAUGGAGAGGUGGGUUGCUCAAUUUUUUCAGUCGACAUUCUUAACCCCAUUAUAUUUUAGUAAUUCAAAAUCAUUGGAUAUACCAGUCAUUCGCUAAAAACACUGCUUCUGGUUAUAUUCCAGUAUAGUUGUCAGUAAGACAUUUCCAUCAGACUUUAGGUUAUAUAUUUUUGAUCUUCUUGCUAUUCGACCGACCUAUCCGGCAUACUAAAACCGGAAGAAACAAUUGUCCCAGCCUAUACAGCCUAAUCGUGCCAUCACGGUAGAUUGGCUCAACCACCAAGUUGAAACAGCAAUUACGUUUGGAAACCACCAAUGAGGACAUCUGGCAUCUUGUAUUUUUAAUCACUUUCUCGUGGUUGUCCGGUAGACAUAAAUUGGUUAGUUUUUUAUUAUGUAAUUUUCUUGUAAUUUAGCAUUUCCAAACUAUAUUAAAGAGAAUAAAUAACUCAAGAUAUCCACAGUAGAUGUUAAUGACAUUUAUCUAUUAGCACUAACCUAACUUGUAAUAAAUCACCCUAGUUUUAUUUGAUCAUUUGGAAUAAACAUUAAAGAUUGCUUUUUCUGGUAUAUCAAGUUAAAAAUUUAUUUACUUCCGUGCUUUAUAAGUAUUUACUUUUUCCUUAAAUUCUAGUUUCGGCUCAUGGAAAAACCACCUCUCAGCAGCUCUUCGUUGGGAUUUCCAAUAGGCGUAAUACAAAUUCCGGUGUCAUUGUCUGGUCUUACUGAAGUGGAUGUUAAUGGUUUGCCUAGAUUACCCGUAUCAGUGACAUGCUAUGCAAGGUUUCGUCGGUUAUUACAUAUCAAACAUCAUAACUUGUGUCAGUAUCUCGAUGUUGUCAGAGGGAAGGGAGAAAUACUAUCAGUUGUCUGUGAGUACUACAGCACAAGUUUUUCUAACUUCAGUAGUCCUGUCACUGACGUUAAUUGGUUAUCCCAACGCUUUAGUGAAUGUCUGUCUGCCUUAUCUUUUAUGAAUGACAAUGGUUUAGGGCACUGUUGUUUGACUCGUGAUAUGAUUAUGCUUGAUUCUGGUGGAUGUGUAAAAAUUGGAGGCUACGGAAUUUAUUAUGCUACAGAUUGGGGAAAUAUAGCUGAUUUCACCUUCCCCAGUCUCAUGUACUCUGCUCCUGAGGUAUUUUUAUUUUUAUACAAUCAAGCCAAUAAUUCAUGUCAACCAGAACGUUCAACAAAAUCUGAUAUGUGCUGGACAAAUAUAAAAGCAGACAUAUGGUCUUUAGGCGUCAUAUUUUUUGAGACAAUAUUCGGUAGGGAAUUCACUAAUCCAUUACUUAAACUUCGGAGUGAAAAUAUGAAAGAAGGUGGAAUAAUUUCCUUGUAUCUAAGGGGUCUUUGUCAGGCGAAUGAAUAUCCAACAUUACCCGAAUUUUUACAACUUCAUCUGAAUGUUAUAUCUGCUGACCUGGACAUCUUGGUUCAGCUUAUUCAGUGUUGCUUAAAGUUCGAUGCAAUAAAGCGACCUAAUCCUAAAUGUCUUAUGAAACAGAUCAACGAAUUAUUGAAAACUGAUUGUUACAUAUCUUCCGAUAUAAGUGGUGACAAAUAUUCAACUUCCUGGUGUAGGAAAAUAUCUAAUCAUCCUAAGAGACGUGAAUUUCAUCCUCAAUUAUUCAGUUUGGAUGAUAACAAAAAUAAUAUUUUAAAAGCUUAUAAUUUUAUUAACAGUAUUGAAAAUUUAUCAGAACUUUAUUACUAUUGGAUGUUAACCGGUGGUAAAAUUCAUGCUACAUUAAAAGGUCAUACAGAUUCAAAAAGUAUUAUUGAUAAUUAUCAUCAUAACAGUUUCAGGCAAGAAUCAAUAAAAGAAAAAGAAACAUUAAUUGGUGAGAAUUCUCAAUGUUUAUUACCUCCAGUCUUGAGAAUUCCACAUUAUCUUGCUAUAGUACAAUCAAAUGCUACACGUGCAAUAUCUUCAAAAGAACAAUGGCCGCUAGGUGAAAUGCCACAGCCACGUACAUUUCAGUUCCAAAUUACACCACUUUCCAAUGAAUGUUUUAUUGAACGUAUAUCGCAUACGUCUCUUCAUCAUUUAUAUCCCCUAUUAAUUUGUCAAGAUUUAAAAAUUAGUUCCACAGGAAAUUCAAAUGUUUAUUCUGCCUUGUACUCAGUUAAUAAUAAUAGUACUAAUCAUGUUAAUACUUCAUCUAACAGUUUAAUACCAAGUGAAUGUACACAUAUGAUUCCUAAUUCACCCUUGUUUGAAGUGACUGAGAAACUUUCAGAUUCUUCAGAUUCAUUAUGCAAAAAUGAUUUAACCUGUAUUACCGGUAUUGAUUGGAGUAUGCCAUUUACAAAUAAUCAGUAUGAAUCAAUAUCACAACAACCAUUAUCAGUUAGAGAAACUGAUGUGGAUUAUCAAAUUUAUCGAACACGUUUAUUUACGCGAAUAAUAAAUGGACUACCCGCAACUAAACAAUAUCUUCGUUUAGAAGCACGUAAAGAUAUACCACCAUUUUUACGUUGGAAGGUUUGGGCUGCUUUACUCAACGUUUAUCCCAAUCGGGAUUUCGAAUCAGCUUACCUGAAGGCAUUGCAUAAAAUCAAUAAGCUUGGCUUGGACGUAACACCUAUAAAUGAAUUAAAUAAUAAUAAUAAUAAUAAUAAUAAUAAUAAUAAUAAUAAUAAUAAUAAUAAUAACCUUAGUUGUGAUCUCUUGGAUGAAAAAGUCAUUAAUCAAAUAUCAGUUGAUUUACCACGUUGUCAUGCUUAUGAUCCAUUGUUGGCAUCGUCUAUUGGGCAAUCUGUACUUCGUCGUGUUCUACUAGCGACUUUAUUAAUGAAACCUGGUGCAUUGGAUUAUACUCAGUCGUUAGGACUAGAAAAGAUUUGUACAAUUUUGUCGAAUUUCCCCGAUAUUAAUUUGGAUAAAUGUAGAACAGAUGCUUUAAAAUUAGCAUUGGCUACACCUCGAAGCUUAACAACUUGGUCGAUUCCCAAUAGACAGUAUUUAAAUCAGAAAUUUAUGGAAAAUGAAGAAUUAGAAGUUGAAAACCUGAAUUCCAAAGGAAACGAACCAUCAACUUCUGAUUUCUAUGAACGUUUAAAAUCACAGAAUGCAUGGCCAGAUCAUUUAGAAUAUGAUUUUACAGAAUCACUAGAAUAUUCUGAUAUCGAUGUUGCAUCAAAUGUUUGUGAAAAACUAAAUAUAUCGUCGAAUGCUUUUAAAUUGGUCCCAUUACUCAGUUUUAAAGAUGCUGUGGUGCAUGUGAAACGUCCAGAUUGUCUAGUUUUAGAUGUACGUAAUAUCAAAGAAUAUAACAGAUUCCAUUUGCCUAACAGUAUUCAUUGUGGGAUUUCCAGAUCAGUAAUGCUAGAUUCCUCAUUAAUAGGAACCGAGGAAAGCAGCGAUAUAUCUUCAACAACCACUAGCUCUUACAAUACUUUCUCUCCAGAAAACUGGGAGGUGAUUGACUAUCCAAGUGGUAAUCGUAAUCGACCACAAAUCAUACCAGAGUUUUUAGCCUUUCUUAUAAAUCAAAAACUAUGGCAUCAGACAACACAAGCUAGACAGUUAUUAAAUAUUAAAUCAAGUCAUGGAGUCACUAAGGAAUCAGUCAAUACAGUAACACCAUAUUCACCUGGGCUCUUAAUUGUAUGUGGCAACGACGAGCGUCUUUGUUGGGAUCUGGCGUUUUGGCUCAUAAAAUGUGAUAUUGAUCGUGUUUGUAUACUUUUUAGUAGUAACGACAGUAUAUCAGACUUCAUAAACUUAUGUUCUCAAUAG